GGGCGUUAGUCGGGCAAGAUGGCCGAGGCUCGGUCGCGUAUCCUUCAUCUGCUCGCGGUCUUCCUGACCGCGGGUCUCGCCCAGGAGCCCGAGCAGCAUCAACAGCAAUCCCAGUCGGCCUCCAGCAGACCCUGGUACGAGAACAAGUUUUACAACGACAGGAGGUACGGCUACCAGCCGAGUUACCUCAAUCCUUAUUACAACAGGGAGCCCACCCGCGCGCCCGAGGAUCGCUUUCAUUUCGACGUUACCGAAAGAUCACCAUUACCCGGAGUAUUAGGAGGCUGGAGGUCAGAUUUGCAGGGCAAAGAAAGACCCGACUCCAAUAACCUUGAACGAGAUGUCUUUGUAUCGACUCAUUAUGGGUUAAUACAGGGCUUUAAAACUUAUCUUUACGAUCAUCCGGAAGCAAGACACAGGCCUUGGAGUCUUCCCGUUGAAAGAGUAACAGCCAAUGUUAAUGUAUUUCUUGGUAUUCCUUAUGCCAUGCCACCGGUAAAAGAGGGGAGAUUCAAGCCGCCGAGAAUACACAAAGGUUGGCAUCUUAUGCAAGCCGUCGAUUGGGGACCAGCGUGUCCACAACCAAGUCAGUAUACAGGCGCUACAAAAGGAGUACGAGAUGUCAACGAAGAUUGUUUAUAUUUAAAUAUUUUCAGUCCUAACAUUAACUCUGGACUAGCGAGUAAAUAUCCUGUCAUGUUUUAUCUUCACGGUGGAGAAUUCAUACACGGAGCGAGCAAUCUAUUUCCAGCUCAUAUAUUAUCUGGCUUUUACAAUGUUAUUGUGGUUACUGUAAAUUAUCGCUUAGGAGCUCUUGGGUUCCUAAGUACCGGAGAUGAGAACAGUCCUGGAAACUAUGGAAUUCUUGAUCAAGCAAUGGCUUUAAGAUGGGUCUACGAUAAUAUUAAAUUCUUCAAUGGAGAUCCCGAAAGGAUCACUUUAUUUGGUCCAGGUGCGGGGGCUGCUAGCGCUGGUCUAUUGAUGGUUGCACCAAGAACCCGAGACAUGGUUGCAGGUGUUAUAGCUCAAUCAGGUUCAGCUUUGGCCGAUUGGGCUUUAACAGUUGAUAAAUAUCGUGCCCAGAAUACAUCUAGGGUCUACGCAGAGCUCCUUGGCUGUAGUAUCGAGAGUAGCUGGAAACUAGUACAAUGCUUAAAAGAUUUUAGAAGUUUUUACGAAUUAGGGAACGCCGAGCUUAAACCUCAAAUUGGCAUGUUUCCUUGGGCUCCCGUUCUAGAUUUAAAUUUCACUGUGCCAAGAGAUUAUUACGAUUCCUGGAGUGCUUCUGAUUGGCACUUUUUCACUGAAACGCCCGAGGAUAGUAUAAAAACACGAAAGUACAGACCCGAUAUAAUGUACAUGGCUGGAGUAACUACUCAAGAAGCGUCCUUUAUUUUAUUUAAUAACGCUACUUUAGCUAAAAGCGAAUUUACGAUAACACCCGAGAUGUUCGAUCAGAAAAUUUGGGAAUUAGUUUUACGUUAUAAUUAUACAUUGAAUCCUUGGGGAGUGUACGAAGCUAUUAAAUAUAUGUAUACUUAUUGGCCAGAUCCAAAGAAUGUGACACACAUUCGAGAUGAGUACAUAAACUUAUUAUCUGAUUUUCAUUAUAUUGCUCCACAUGAUAAAAUCGCUAAGCUUCUAGUGGAAAGAAACGUACCUGUUUUCUUAUAUGUAUUAAAUACAACUAUCGAGGCGUUGGAUUUACCAUUUUGGAGACGAGUGCCCCAUGAUAUCGAGCAUUUAUUGUUGACUGGAGCUCCAUUUAUGGAUAUCGAAUUCUUUCCUGAAAAACUAAAAUUAAAACGAGAUAUGUGGACAGAUAACGAUCGAAAUAUGAGCCACUUUUUUAUGAAAGCAUAUUCAAAUUUUGCAGCUAUGGGAAAUCCAACACCUUCUCAAAUUUUGGGAUUACACUUUGACGUAGCGAAAUUUGGUGAACUUAAAUACCUAAAUAUUAAUACGACCUACAAUAGUUCAAUUUUGUAUAAUUAUCGACAAACCGAAAGUGCUUUCUGGUCACAAUAUUUACCCACAGUCAUUGGUCGUUUAGUGCCAACGUAUCCUCCAGUAACGGAAUAUUGGUGGGAACCGAAACAACCACUUCAAAUAGCAUUUUGGUCCAUGUCAACGGCGUGUCUUUUGUUAAUUGUCAUAUCAGCAGUGUGUUGUAUGCUUUGGCGGAAUGCCAAAAGGCAGUCGGAUCACUACUAUAGCGGAGACAUAUUGAUGGUGCGAGAAGACGAGCCCUCGGAAGGAAUCGAUAAUUUAAUGCGCGCCUCGAAGGAAAAUGUAUACGAGUACCGUGAUACUCCACCGAUGCGGCCUCGUAUGGCCAGGGGUCACCACCACAAUCAGCACGACAUUAAGCUCCAGGAGCGGCUCGCUCAGAACCGUAAAUUUAGCUCGACGCCGUCGCUGCGCAGCAACUCUAACAAUUCGCUCAAGGAUGCGCGAGCCGAGGCCUUCGUCACGAGCUCACCAAACGGGCAGCCGAGGUCGAUCGACAGGGCGCCGAGCCAGGGCAGCCUGCCCAAAAGCAGGAGCAAGACUCAUCUCGUCCAAGGUGUGCCACAAACAGCAGUCUGAUCUCGUUGAGCUCUUCGUUUAUCUUUACUUUCAUCACAUUCCAUUGCUGCC